AUGCUUCAAAAUGUGUUUCGCUACGCUAGUGAUUCUAAACUGCGUUCCCCCGAGGGGGGGGGCAUUCAAGAAGUGAAGCUGCUAUAUUCUUUCCUGUUUCCCCUCGUCUGUGUUUCUCCAUCUUGUCCUUUUUUCUCCUUUCGCCUUCCUCAUUAUUUUCUAGCAACUCGAUGUCUAUUUUCUCCUUCAGUUUACACACCUCGUUUUUCUCUCUCUUCCCACCCGUUCUCCUCCCUCACUUCUUUUAUUAACUCCCACCUAACACUUCACUUUUUCUGUCUCUUCUCGACAUCUGGAGCCUUUUCUGUCUCUUCUCGACAUCUGGAGCCUUUUCUGUCUCUUCUCGACAUCUGGAGAAUUUUCUCUCUCUUCCCUAUCCAUUUUCUUUUCCUCUCUCUCCCUCUCUCUCUCUCUCUCUCUUGCCUUCUUCCCUAUUUGUCCUCCAUAUUCUCUUUCUCCCUUACUACCCUUCAUUUUCGUCUUUCUCUCUCCUACAAUUUGUUUUAUUUCCCCUUGCUUAACUUUUAUUCGCUCUCUCUUUCACCCAUAAAAAAAAAUCAUUUUCAAUCUUCCGCUGAGUUUACACUCACUCCCUUACACAAUCUUUCUCUCUCUCUAUGUCCCCCCCUCCUUGUUCACUCUUUUCUACCCCUAUGCCAUCUUCUUUCUCCUCCUUUAUUGUUUCUCUCCCUAAAAACUUCCUCUUUAGCUCUCGUUUUCUUCUCCUCCCUUUCUCCAAUAAGCUUUUUCUGCCUCUUUUCGACAUCUAGAGCUUUUUUUUUUUACCUCUUUUUGAUAUCUGGAGCUUUUCUGCCUCUUCUCGACAUCUGGAGCUUUUUCUGCCUCUUCUCGUCAUCUAGAGCUUUUUCUGCCUCUUUUCGACAUCUAGAGCUUUUUUUACCUCUUCUUGAAAUCUGGAGCUUUUCUGCCUCUUCUCGACAUCUGGAGCUUUUUCUGCCUCUUCUCGACAUCUGGAGCUUUUUCUGCCUCUUCCCGACAUCUAUUCUUUUCCUCUCUCACUCCCUCCUUGCUUUAUUCCUCUUUUUCUCUCUUUUCCCUGCCAAUCUUCUUUCCCCCCUCUCUUUCUCCUUGGAUUCUUCUUCUUUUUCUCUCUUUUUCUCUAUCUAUCUUCUUUUCCACUCUCUCUUGCCUUCUUCCUUUUUUUCUCCCUUUUUUCUACGAAUCUUCUUUUCCUCUCUUCCUUUGUCGUCUUCGACUUUUUCUUUCUUCCCGACCCAUCUUCUUUUCCACUUUCUCUUGCCUUCUUAUUUCUCUCUCUCUCUUCUCCUUAGCUUCUUCUUCUUUUUCUCUCUCUCUUCCUUACCCAUCUUCUUUCCUUAUCUGCCCUUAACGUCUUCCUUUUUUUCUCUCUCUUUUCCCUACCCAUUGCUCCUCUCUCUCACUCUCACUCUCUCUCUCUCUCUCUUGCUUUCUUCCUUAUUUUUCUCCCACUCUGCUCUCUCUCUCAGUCCCUGUGCAGUUAACAUCAUAUAUCCCCAUCUCCUUAUUUUUCAUACCUUCUUCUCUUUGUCUCCGAUAAUUCAAAUUCUUCUCCCCGUUCCUCAUCUGCCUCGUUUUCUUCCAUCUUUUCAAGCGUUUUAUUCGUUAGCCACUUUCCCAUCGUAUCAUCCCCCGGUUAAUCGACUGAGUUUCUCUGAUGUUUUAAUCUUCAGAUCGAUUCUCCGCAAAAAUCGAUCGGCUAUUGAAUCUCAGUACGCAGUCUUGCAGGAUAAUAAUUGGCCCUCUAAUGAGUUAUAA